AUGUUCGUCCACACCUCGUUAUUUUCUUCUCUCAACACAAACCUGAUGUCGUCCAUCUUUCUCUGUGGAGUUAUUCUUAUUUUCUUCUCUAAUGAAGCUGCUGGUGGCUCAUGCAGGGGGAGCUGUGGACACGUGCAGGACGAGUGCUCCUGUCUCCCAGCCUGUGUGUUUCUGCUGAGCUGCUGUGCCGACUACAACCAGUGGUGUUUCCAGGUGACGCCUCACUCCAGCUCCAUGCUGGGUGGACGAGCUCUCAGGAUCCUGGGCCUCGUCCGUCCUCCUGAUGGCCGCCUUCACUGCAGGACGAUGAACAGAUCCUCGUCCCUCCAGGCCGAGCUCAGCUACCUGUUCUCCCUCGGCAGGAAGCUGGUCAGCAGUGGGGCCUUCAGCUUCAUCCCUGAGGCCUCGAGGGACCAAUCGGAAUGCCAGCUCAGACAUAUCCGCAUAACUGCUAGUUCUACGUCAGAUGGAGCAAAGGAUGAACCAGGACUCUGGAGUAGAGCUCACGUCUUGACCUGGAACUUCGAGCAAACCUUCAGAGACGACUCUGCCGACUGGGCCGAGGACAAGUGUCUGCAAUGGGACGUGGUGGAAGAGGAACAGCCCGUCCUCAGUGAGCUCAUCGACUGACCCUGCACUCUGGCCCAGGCCCGAGCGGACGCAGGCAGGUUUCAUUCUGACUCCAGCUGUGACAUUGAGAAGGGAGUGUGUACUUAUCACCCUGGUAGUGUCCACUGCGUCAGAGCUAUUCAGGCCAGUCCCACUCAUGGAUCCGGGCAGCAGCGCUGCUACGACAGCUCCGGAGCUCUGAUGCUGACGGGAGACUCUUUCUGUGGCAGCAGCCCAGACAGGGCCCACGACUGGGGCUCGCCUCCUUACAGGGAACCACCACGGGUACCGGGCUACUCCCACUGGCUCUAUGAUGUCAUGAGUUUCCAAUACUGCUGCCUCUGGUCCGACCACUGCCACAUCUACUUCACCCAUCGACCCUCCAGCGGCUCGCAGCCCCCGAAAGCUGGCGUCGUCUUCGGGGAUCCACAUUUCCUAACGUUUGACGGCCUCGGCUUCACUUUCAAUGGUGAAGGAGAGUUCGACCUUGUGUCUUCACCAGAGAGAGAACUGAGCAUUCAGGCCAGAACAGAACGAGUGGAACUAAAAAACAGCACCUCGGCCAAAGCCACGUGGCUGUCAGCGGUGGCCAUGAAGGAGAGGAGCUCCGAUGUGGUCGAGGUGCGUCUGGCAGAGCGACGCCUCCAGGUGUUGAGGAACCAGAGGGUCUUACCUUUCACAGAGCAGCGAUGGAUGGACCUGCACGGAGUGUCCGUGUCUCACACUGUGACCCUGAUGCUCCUCUCUGGUGUCGGCGUGGAGGUUCGUCUUCAUGAGGGAAUCAUGGCAGCCACCGUCCGGCUGCCCUCUGAGUUCACCGACCACGCUCUGGGUCUCCUCGGCUUGAUGAACUCUGACCCGUCGGAUGACCUGUUGACCCGACCAGGAGAGGUCAUCCCCUCACACGGCGCCACACCAGAGGAAAUCUUCACCUUUGGAACUGGAUGGAAAGUUCCGAAGACGUCGUCCCUUUUCACACAGGACUCAAAGCGCCUCUUGGAUGCCCACAGCUUCGCACCAUCCCCUGACCCUGUGUUUGUUCCAGCCUUCUCUCUACCUGAGACCCCCCACGACCCCCUGGUGGCAGACAGGGUGACAGCGUGCGUCGGAGAAGGGGCUCGGUUCUGUAAAUAAGACACGUUGACCACUCGGAGCCUCGCGGGGGGAAACUCAACUCUCGGGGCCCAUCGGAACUUUCAGGCCUUAAUGGACGCCCUGCAGCCAGUGGUGUCUUGUGGCCGGCUGCCCCCACCCAGGAAUGGAAAGAUGAACGGGACUCGUUACCUGGAGGGGAACACGCUGAGCUUCUCCUGUGAUGAAGAGUUCAUUAACUUCAUUCUGUUCAGAUCCACCCAGCGCACGUGUCUGGAGGAUGGGACCUGGAGCGGAGAGCAGCCCUUCUGUCUGAAAGACGAUAGCGUGAGGUUCAUACUCGGCGCUGUGGGCUCCAUCACAGCAGUGGUCUUGAUGGGUGUGAUGAUCCAACUGCACAAAAGGAAGCAAGACAGAAUCAUCCCCGCUCCGAGCCAGCAGACAUCCACCGUGUGGCCCAGCCCGCCUGCCCCCUCGGACACCGCGUCCUCUCAUGUUACCCAGCGUGGUCUUCUCCACUUUGAACCUGACUCGCUUCUCCAAAAACAAAGCCCUCGGGCCGAUCUGCGCUUCCAUCCCAGGAUUACGGAGGGAGGCUUCUGA